CGGGUGGUGACUGGGAAGGGAGCGGGCUGCAGACAGCCCAGGCUUGGGCUGACGAGCGGCGCGGGCAGGAGCAGGGGAAGGUCCAAAAGGGGGCAAAUGCAGGAGGAAUGGUCCCGGAGAGGGGCGAGGCUGGGCUGGAGUUAAAUGAAUCAAAGUGUUGGGCUGGGCCAAUUAUCCCGGGGAGGCGGGGGAUGAACCUGGGCCCGGGUAGGGCCUGGACUCUCGGUGGGUGUGUGGCUGGGGAAGAGGGUGUGCUACUAGGCUGGGGACAAGACAAGACAGGUGCACGGUGCCGGCCCUGGGAGCGGAGUGGAAGCUCAGAGCACCGGCGCCAGCCAGCGGGCGAGGGGCGUGGGGGCGCCGGGGGCAAGCCGGGAAGGGGGGGCGGGCCUCCCCCUGGGCCGGGCCGGGGCGGCGCUAGGACCGAGCGAGCCGAGGGAGGGCGCCGGGCGGAGCCAGCGCCCCCCGCCCCCCGCCGGCCGGCUCCCCUCCCCCGGCCGCUGGCUCGCUCGCUCUCGGCGCUGCAGAGGCUCUAAGGCGGCGGCGGCGGCUCCCUCAUCCCCUCCCUCCGGUGUCUGUCGGUCCGUCCGCGCGAGCGUCAGUCCGUUCGGCCUCGGUCCGGCCCGCAGCAUGGCCGGCGUCAGCUUCAGUGGCCACCGCCUGGAGCUGCUGGCGGCGUACGAGGAGGUGAUCCGGGAGGAGAGCGCGGCCGACUGUGCUUUCCCUACCCAAAACUGGCUGCCUAGGACCUGACAGUUCUGUGAGCCACCCCUCCCUCUCCCCAGGGCUCUGUACACGUAUGAGGAUGGCUCAGAUGACCUCAAGCUUGCAGCCUCAGGAGAAGGGGGCUUGCAGGAGCUCUCUGGCCACUUCGAGAACCAGAAAGUGAUGUACGGCUUCUGCAGCGUCAAGGACUCCCAGGCCGCCCUGCCAAAAUAUGUGCUCAUCAACUGGGUUGGUGAAGAUGUGCCCGAUGCCCGGAAAUGUGCUUGCGCCAGCCACGUGGCUAAGGUGGCUGAAUUCUUCCAGGGUGUUGACGUGAUUGUGAAUGCCAGCAGUGUGGAAGACAUCGAUGCUGGUGCCAUCGGGCAGCGGCUCUCCAAUGGCCUGGCCCGGCUCUCCAGCCCGGUGUUGCAUCGGCUGCGGCUCCGAGAGGACGAGAACGCUGAGCCGGUGGGUACCACCUACCAGAAGACAGACGCAGCCGUGGAGAUGAAGCGGAUUAACCGGGAGCAGUUCUGGGAGCAGGCCAAGAAGGAGGAAGAGCUGAGGAAGGAGGAAGAGCGGAAGAAGGCCUUGGACGCCAGGCUGAGGUUUGAGCAGGAGCGGAUGGAGCAGGAGCGGCAGGAGCAGGAGGAACGCGAGCGGCGCUACCGGGAGCGAGAACAGCAGAUAGAGGAGCACAGGAGGAAACAGCAGACUCUAGAGGCUGAGGAGGCAAAGAGGUGGCUAAAGGAGCAGUCCAUUUUUGGUGACCAGCGAGAUGACGAGGAGGAGUCCCAGAUGAAGAAGUCCGAAUCUGAGGUGGAGGAGGCAGCUGCCAUCAUUGCCCAGCGUCCUGACAACCCUCGGGAGUUCUUCAGGCAGCAGGAGCGGGUUGCGUCGGCCUCCGCUGGCAGCUGUGACGCACCCUCACCCUUCAACCACCGACCAGGUCGUCCGUACUGCCCUUUCAUAAAGGCAUCGGACAGUGGGCCUUCCUCCUCCUCCUCUUCCUCCUCUUCCCCUCCACGGACUCCCUUUCCCUAUAUCACCUGUCACCGCACCCCAAACCUCUCUUCCUCCCUCCCAUGCAGCCACCUGGACAGCCACCGGAGGAUGGCGCCCACUCCCAUCCCCACCCGGAGCCCGUCUGAGUCCAGCACAGCCUCCACCCCUGUCACGGAGCAGAUUGAGAGGGCCCUGGAUGAGGUCACAUCCUCACAGCCUCCGCCCCCGCCUCCACCACCCCCACCAGCUCAAGAGGCCCAGGAGUCUUCCCCUAGACUGGACGCCGAGGAGACCAGCAAGGAGGCCGAAGCAGCAGCGAGCCCUCAGGCCUGGGCUGGCUGUGCACAGGAGCCCCCUCCGGCACAGGAACCCCCCCUGUUGCAGAGCAGCCCCAUGGAGGACUUGAUGUGCACAGACCUCCCAGAGCAGGCUGUCCCGGCCGCCCCCGCAGAGCCCGCUGCCUCUGUCACCUCAGUAGCUGAGACCCAUGCGGCUGAUACCAUGGAGACUACCACUGCCACUACUGACACCACCGUUGUCAACAGUGCCAGCCCCGCCACUGCCAGCCUCAUUGACCUAUGGCCUGGCAAUGGGGAAGAGGCCUCAGCACCUCAGGCUGAGCCCAGGGCACCCAUACCACCCUCAGGUGCUGAGGCCUCCCUGGCAGAGGUGCCUCUGCUGGAGGAGGCACCUCAGGAGCCGCUGCCACCAGCGGGUGAAGGCUGUGCCAACCUUCUGAAUUUUGACGAGCUGCCAGAGCCUCCGGCCACCUUCUGUGACCCAGAGGAGGAAGCAGAAGGGGAGCCGGUGGCCGCCUCCCAGGUCCUAACGAUGCCCUCGGCUCUCGAGGCGGUAGAUCAGGUGCUGGAGCAGGAGCUGGAACCAGAACCUCACCUGACCAAUGGAGAGGCCACUCAGAAGGAGGGGACGCAGCAGGCCAGCGAAGGCUACUUCAGUCAGUCCCAGGAGGAAGAGUUCGCCCAAUCAGAAGAGCUGUGUGCAAAGGCCCCGCCUCCGGUGUUCUACAACAAGCCUCCAGAAAUAGACAUCACCUGCUGGGAUGCAGACCCGGUACCCGAAGAGGAAGAGGGCUUCGAGGGUGGUGAUUAGUAGUGGCCGGUGCCCCCUGGCUGCCCUCGCCACGGCCGCCCACCUGAAGUGGCCUCUGGCCAGACGGCUCGCAGCGCCAGCAUUAGCAGCGGCCCCGCCUGGCCCGCACUCCGGAUUCCGGCGCUGGCCGGGGACCUGCUUCUCCACCCACAGGGCCUGACUUUUACAGCUUUGUCUUUUUUUUAAAGUUGAUAGACCUGUACAGUUGACCGGUUUUCCUCCCGUUGGUAGUUGAAACGAUGUUGCAGAUUCCGCCCCCUUCCCGCCCAGCCCAGAUUGUAGCUUAGUCCUCCCUGCUCGGCCGAGCAGCCAGGAGGCCUCACCCUGCUUGGGACCUGGUGGGGGGCGGGGGUUCCGGUGGGAGAAAGGUUCCCCCCCAUCACUUUUCCUAGUUUUCUGUUUCUUGGAAAAAAAAAAUCACUUUGUAUUCUCUAUCCAGGGCUUCAGAUAUUUUGCACGAAAUUUAAAACAUGGCAAUAAACGGCUCGUGGGCUCUGGCUCCCUGGGACCCGUC